GCUGCAGCCAAGUCCCAGAGUCUCUCAUGGGUCCCAGUACGGCCUCCCAUUGCAGCUGUCUCCAUCGCCACACUCUGCCAUUGCCACUUUCAGGUCUCCUCACACUGCUGGUGUGUUCCAAUUUUUGUCAUAGGGUGCUGGCAGAUUACGGGCCUCCUAUAGCUGCUGCCAGGCCCCUAAUCUGCCAUGGGCCCCUAUACCGCCUCCUCAUGCUGCUGCCAGGUCCAGAGUCUCUCAUGGGUCCUGUACGGGCCUCCCAUUGCUGCUGUCUCCAUCGCCACACUCUGCCAUGUGCCACUUUCAGAUCUCCUCACACUGCUGGUGUGUUACAUUUUUUG